GUUAGCCAGAAAAUUAGAAUAGUUCUUCUUAGAGCAGGCUCCAACCGGCAACCUCCCUCAGCCCUCCGUCCUAUCUAUCUAUCCACAAUUUGUAAUGCCCAACUUCCGUCCGAUUUUAAAGCAUCUCUGAACUCUGAUCUCUCUCCGGCUUUCGUUUUCAUCUCUCUCUCUCCCCUUCACUUUGUCAUUGUCGCCGCUCAAUCGGCAAUCGUCAAUCCCGUCGUAGCUCUAUAAAACGCUUUCCCAGUUCCCAUUUCCCCCAAACUUCACUCUCCCCACUCAUCAAUCAACCUUCAAUCCCCGCCUCUGUUUGAUCGGAAACUGAAUUCGCCAUGGAUCCCAAUCCCAAAUCCUUCCCGAUUCUCUCCUACGUCAUGCAGCGCCUGCCGUCGCUCAGCCCCAAGGCUCCGGCUGCUGCUGCUCCUCCGGUCGCCGCCUUCGACGUCGAGCAACCGCCGCCGCCCCGCUCUCCCUCCGAUCCUUCCUCCUCCUCUUCCCCUUCCUCGUCGCCCUCCGGCCAGACCCGGCUCCUCUCCGCGAUGCCCAAUCUCAAGGACCCGGAGCUGCUCGCCUCCAUGACCACCGCCAUCGCCGACGUCUCCCAGACCCGAGCCAUCCUCCGCAGGCUCGGCCCGCGCCCGGACCACGAGACCGUCGACAACGCCAGGGCCAAGCUGGCCGACAUCGAGGCGAAUCUGUCCAAGCGCCUCGAGGAGGUCGUCCUCACGCCGCGGCCCGAGGACGCCGACCUCGUGGAUUGGAGGGAGCAGCUGGCUAAGAAGGAGGAAGACUGCCGGCAAAUCGCCGAGAAGGAGAAGAGCCUCUACCUGACCAUACUGCAGCUGGAAGAGAUGCACGUCGGGUACGAUAAGCUGUUGAAGGAAGCCGAGCAGCGGCUGGUUCAGAUGUACGAGAACGCCGAGCGGGUUGAGGGCGAGGAAGAGCCGGUCCCUCAGGAGGUGAAUGAAGAGGUCGUCAGGAUUCUUCAAGAGGCUUCCGGCAAGGGAAUUGAUAAGGUGGAUCUGUCCGCCAGGAAGCUGAGGUACUUGCCCGAGGCCUUUGGCAAGAUUCAUGGCCUGAAAUUGCUUAAUCUGUCCAACAAUCAACUUGAGAUGGUUCCUGACUCAAUAGCCGGGCUAGAAAAUCUUGAAGAGCUCAACCUUGCUUCAAAUCUUCUGCAAGUGCUACCCGAUUCAAUUGGAUUGCUGCUUAAUUUGAAAGUCCUAAAUGUCUCCAGCAACAAGCUAGAAUCUUUACCAGACUCCAUUGCUCACUGCAGGUCAUUGGAGGAAUUGGAUGUGAGCUUCAACCGGCUUACCUACCUGCCUACAAACAUCGGGAAUGAGAUGGUGAGUCUCCACACUUUCUCUUUUCAGCUGAACAAGAUCCGCUCUGUCCCCACUUCCAUUGGCGAGAUGAAAUCACUGCGCCACCUCGACGGCCACUUCAACGAGCUCAAUGGGCUUCCACACACAAUUGGGAAGCUGACCAACCUCGAGACCCUAAACCUGAGCAACAACUUCACUGACCUGAGGGAGCUCCCUGAAUCUUUUGGCGAGCUGUUGAGCCUGAAGGAGCUCGAUCUCAGCAACAACCAGAUCCAUGCGCUGCCCGAUACUUUUGGGCGGCUGGAGAAUUUGGUGAAGCUGAACCUGGAGCAGAAUCCUCUCGUAAUCCCACCGGCGGAAGUGGUGAAGGAAGGGGUACAAGGCGUGAAGAGGUACAUGGCUCAGAGGUGGAUUGAUAUACUGAUGGAGGAAGAGAAGAAGUCCAUGCUGGAGACACAGGAGGAAGGCGAAACAGGAUGGUUGACCCGCAGCACUUCCUGGUUGAAAAACACCGCCGUGACUGUUUCGGAGUAUGUCAGCCCAAAAGCCCCCAGGGAUCCAUAUCUUGAUCAGCAGCUAUAAACCAUUCUCUCAAGUUCCCACAGCUUAUUGGAGCGUCGUCUUCAUAUUGUAGGACUUUGAUCUAUUGGUCGUUUUCUGGUUUGGUUUUUCAUCUUUUCCAAGAUAGAAAGAGAACAGUGAAGCAGGGGUUUUGUUUUCUCAUUCCCCGUUCAUAGUCAUAGACAUGUCGCACCAGGGUUAUAGUUUCUCUCAUCUGAAAUCAAUCUCAGUUUUGGCGAACAAGGUUAGUGUUGUCUAGAUUCGUUGGUUUCGCACGUUCGACGUUGAUGUAUGAACUAACUGCUGCUAUUGCUGAAGCCUUGAGAAAGUUGAACGCUC